AAAAAUUACGAUUCAACAGUCAUGUUGAUACUCUUUGUUGUUAUCUAUUUGAUGGUAUUCUAUUUUGCCUUUAUUUAUUAGUUCGCAAAUCGUGUACAUAAAAGCUUGAGCGAUCUGGCAGCCUUGUUCUAAAGCAUUGUGAAUGGCAAGAACUAAGGGGAAGAAGCAGCGCACUUGACAGCCUAUGUUUCUCACGUAUUGCUUUAUAAAUUUAAAAUCACUGGAUUUAAGCUCAGGAUUUCAUGUCUAACACGCGCAAGGAUCCUUGCAAAGCCAACGCCUGCCGCAUACAAGCUUGUUUGAACGAGAAUAACUACCAGGAGGACAAAUGCUUGAAUGUCCUAGAGGACAUGCGCCAGUGUUGUUUAAAGUGGCAUAAAGAAUCGCUUUGCUGCAGUGGAAUCGAUCUGGAAAAGCCCUAUUUACCAGAAGGCUCUAGGGGAAAAAACCAAACCGGCAAGUCGAACAAAUAAUGACCACACCGCAGUAUAAACCACCAAAGGAAAUCCAAGACUUACUCGAUAAAAAGGAACAGCAACAGGCUUAUCAACGCAGGCGAACGGCUGUUCUGCCCAAGCGC